GCCUGUCGAUAAAAAAACCAAACAUAAAACCAUCCUAAAAUUGUCACACUUACUAAAACACGUGGACUUCUUUUAGUGUGUUGUUUGUCGUUUUAUGAGGCUUUAUCUUCAAUUAUUGUAGCGUUUCUUUUUUUCAAACAAUCUAAUUUAGACCAGACACGCGAAUCUUCCUGAUACAUUGAGUUGGCAGCGCGCGGACGUGAGAGGCUAAAAUAGUUAAAAUAAUCCUCCAACCAAGCAUAAAUUUUUUUAAAAUAAUCCCACACCACCUUUUUGAAAAUAUGAGUAAACGACCAGGUGAAGGAUGUUCACGGAAAAAUGCUGACGCGGGGCGGAAGCACGACGCCGACGCCGACCAGUCCUCUCCCAUCAUCGCUGCAUUCAAAGUUUUCCAGCAGGAACUCGACACCAAACACGACAAACAUGAGCAUCUGAUUAAGAUCAGCCGAGACAUCACUAUUGAAAGCAAGAGGACUAUUUUUCUUCUGCACCGAGUGACCAACGUACCGAAUGCAGAGAGUAUUCUGAAUGAAGCAGAGGUGAAAUUGGAUGCAGUCAGACAGAAGAUUGGUCAGAUUGCUGAAGCGCUGAGGGGAGAAGACCUUUAUCAGUUCCACAGAGCAUUCACUGCUGGCAUUCAGGAAUACGUGGAGGCCGUCUCUUUCCUGCACUACAUCCGCCAUCGCAGCCUCAUCAGCCUGGAGGAGAUCAACGCCAGGCUGGUGUUCAUGAGAACGGAGAGCGAAGAUCCUGAGGACUCGGCCGAAGCGCCGCCCGCGGGGUCGCAGGUCGUCACCUUCCACGUGACCCCGGCCGACUACCUGCUGGGCGUGGCCGACCUGACGGGGGAGCUGAUGCGGAUGUGCAUCGGCAGCGUGGGCAACGGCGACAUCGACACGCCCUUCCAGCUCAGCCAGUUCCUGCGGCAGAUCCACGACGGCUUCUCCUACAUCGGGAACACGGGCCCGUACGAGGUGUCCAAGAAGCUGCACACGCUGCGGCAGAGCCUGGCCAAGGUGGAGGACGCCUGCUACACCCUGCGGGUGCGCGGCUCCGAGAUCCCCAAACACAUGCUGGCUGACGUGUUCUCCAGCCGGACGGCGCUCAUCGACCCCGAGGAAGGAGUGGUUUAACCCCGCUCAGCCUCGGUUCCUCUGCUGAUGUUUCACCCCGGUGUCAUUGUCUCCUUUGGGUUUCCUCCUUUUUUUGAAGUUCGUAUUUGCAUUUUUAAUGCCGUUUGACAGACGUUUCAUAUGUUUCCCGUGUCGCUUGUUAAUUUUGUUUUUAUUGCUACAAUAACAGCAGCCUCACAAUAGACAAUGGACUUUUUUUUUUCUCCCUCUUUGAUAAAGAUCUGAUGACUUCAGUUGGUUUGCAUGAAUAAAAGUGGUGUUC